UUGAAUUUGUAUUGUUGUUUCUUUCAAAUUUUAGACAUUCAAACAAUGAAGAUCAAUCAGACGAUCGUGAAGGAAUUCAUUCUUGUUGGCUUUUCAGCUUAUCCGCAUGUACAGACAUUUCUUUUUGUGGUCUUCUUUUGCCUCUACCUUUUCACCCUUGCAGGUAAUCUGACCAUCAUGGGUCUAACUUGGGUAGAUAGAUCUCUCCACACCCCCAUGUACAUCUUUCUUAGUUCACUCUCAUUCUCUGAGACCUGCUACACAUUAUCUAUCAUUCCGAAGAUGCUGACAGAUCUACUGGCCAAGAACAGAAGCAUUUCGGUCACAGGUUGUGGCUUGCAGAUGUGUUUCUUCUUGGGACUUGGUGGCACAAACUGUAUCAUCCUCACAUUGAUGGGGUAUGACCGGUAUCUGGCCAUCUGCAAUCCUCUCAGAUAUCCAUUGGUCAUGACCAACAUUAUAUGUGGACAUCUUGUGGCCUCUGCUUGGGUUGGAGGUUUCUUGAUCUCUUUGACAGAGACUGCACUAGUAUUCAAAAACUAUUUCUGUAAACCCAAUUUUGUUAAGCACUUCUUCUGUCAUAUGAGGGCAGUUGUGAGGUUGUCCUGUGAGGACAGUGACCUCACAGAAUUCAUUAUAACAGUGAUACCAGUGUCAGGCUUGCUGGGAACUUUCCUACUCAUCAUCCUGACCUAUGUGUUCGUUCUUUCUACUGUCUUCAGGAUCCCUUCAUCUGAGGGGAAGCAGAAGGCAUUUUCUACCUGUGCCUCUCACCUCACAGUGGUCAUUAUACACUUUGGUUUUUCAUCUAUUGUUUAUUUAAAACCAGAAGCCUCGGGGGGUGAUGACACACUCAUAGCAAUCCCUUACACUGUAAUUACCCCUUUCCUGAGCCCCAUGAUAUUCAGCCUCAGGAAUAAGGACAUGAAGAAUGCUUUUAAAAAAAUAAUGGAAAAGACAGUUGCCUUGGACAAAUAA